AUAGCGCGGUAUUAAAGUUAACUAUCACAAACGUUUAACUAGAUAGAUACAAUCUAGACUAUCUAGUAAUAACUUGAAAAAAUCUCGAGUAACAAAUGUGAUACGCAAUGCAAAAAAAAAUAUGGGCCUAUUAUAAACAAAAAUAAAGACCCAAGAGUGGCCCAACUUCAAAGUAUUGGUAAAACGGUGACCACAAAACUGGCGGAAGCAGAGAACCAUGCAACAGAGCUCCUCCUCGACCUUUGACUUUGAUAAUGGCUGUUUCUCCGACACAUUUCCAGGUUCCUUCAGCGUUCACGUUUCCUCCAUCCUCUUCCUUCAUCACCACGAUUCCUUCUUCUCCACUCUCUGUUACUGCUUCAACGAGUCCAAUCUCCACAACAAAAUUUGGCUCCAUACGCGUUCGUUUCAGCCGACGGUCAAUCGUCAGGUACAACGAUUACGCCGGAGAAGAUGAAGAAGGUAGUGAUGAGGAGAAGGAAGAAGAUUGGAGCUUCGAAGAAGCAGUAACGCUCUUCAACAAGAGAGAUUAUUAUAAAAGUCACGACGCCCUCGAGGCUCUUUGGAUUCAAGCUGAGGAGCCAACUCGUACCUUAAUCCAUGGGAUUCUUCAAUGUGCUGUUGGCUUUCACCAUCUUUUCAACAGCAACCAUAAAGGAGCCAUGAUGGAGUUAGGAGAAGGAGUCUGUAAGUUAAGGAAGAUGAAUUUCGAAGACGGACCGUUUCACGAAUUCGAGCGAGAUGUCUCCGCCGUCCUUGAAUUUGUUUAUCAAACUCAACUCGAACUCGCUGCCUGUUCAGAAGAUAUGUGUUUGACGAUGGACCAAUCAGACAGGUCUUAUCAACUCUUGGGUGGUUAUGCAGCUGGACAGAGUAUAUACAGCUUAGAGACUUUGGUUGAUUUCAACAAUGGGAUGUCUGAAACAACUUCCAUACUCUUCUCUCCUUCAAGUUCCUCAUCUGAGCCAACACGAGUUAAGCUCCCUACACUAACCGCUACCGAUAAACAUCUUCUUGAUCUUACAGAUGAGCAAAGAUUCUGAUCAAUAUAGCAUCUGAUUUGCAUUCAACAAGUCAAAGAUAAAUAGAAGAAGAAGAUCUCAUUACUGUUUUCUUUUCAAGAAUCAGGUUCUGAACCUAUAUCAAUAACAUAGAAACAACAAUUAAAAGUAAACGAGCCGUUCAACAAAACGAAAACAGAACCACCAAAAAAAAAAAAAAA